AUGCAUCUGUUCACAAUUCUUCUGGCUUUCCUCACGCUGCUUCUGACUCUGAUCGGUCCCUCCGCGUGCGCGAAGUCCACAGCUACAUCCUUCUGCAAGUGCAUCUGCUUCAACAACAGCACCAUAAUCGCGCUGAACCCCCCUCCCUCCAGCACAAGCGCCGCCUCACUACAUAACCUCGACAUCCGCUCGCCCCAUCCUGCGCCGGGCGACGAUAGCUCCGGCUCGAACGGAGAAUCCCACCGGCCACAUCGCAAGCUCACGUGCGCGGACUGCACCCGCGCUUUCUGCCUGGAUUACAACCUACCUAUAUGCAAGGAUGCAAGGGAGGAGGAUGUCUUCACGACAUGUUUCCAGCGCGACUCUCUCAAAGACGAGACCGUGGUCGUGAUAUUCGUCUUCGCCACGGUGGGACUCCUCGCUUGGGCCGCAGUGAAACCCUGGGUAGAUCGGCUGCGAGAACGGAAUACGUUUAUGCCCCUGGGACAGCAUGAUCGAGGACAGACUCACAGCAUUGCGGCCGGGUCGGCCAAAACUUCGCGCCGCGCGGGGUUUGGAGGUCGCGCAGGAGGCUCAAGUGCAAGGAGUAGAGGAGCAGAGGAUGAGGCAGGCCCUUUCCACGUCGGUUCUUACGAUGAAGAUAUGCAUGCUGAACAAGAUGCCGUCGAUAUAGUCUCGGGCGUGCCGUCAGGCUCAAACUCGGGACCGGCAUUUCGCUCUUGA